AGCAACACAUGAAGAUGAGUUGAUAGCCGACAAAGGGGGAUGCUUUCUGUUCGUUUCUCGACUUCUAUCAAGAUUUGAGCGACAUGCCCAGUGCUUCGACGGCAUCAACCAUGUCGUACGAGGAUUCGCUCUCGUCGCAAUACUUGACCUCGUCCAUCUCAUCGCUUUCGUCGGCGCGCGCCCAAUCCUCGCAUAUAGCCAGAACCUAUCGCCAGGCUGCUCAAUUGUUUCUCACCCGUAGACUUUACGAAGCCUUAUCUACCAUCGAUCCCAUCAUCUCGCCGGAAGCUCCGGACUCUCCAUUGCAACAAGAAGGACAGAGCGACCACGACGCUGCACCUGUCGCAUUCGCAUCCAAGACAACAAGAGUCAAAGUAUGGAGCUUUUACUUGACUCUACUCAAUGCCAUCAUAGAGCUGGGUCCUGAGGAGGGCAAGCUGGUCUUUGGAAGUACCAAAUGGCGGGAAUUGGCUGCCUAUGCUCGUCAGGGUACUGUUUGGGACCUCGUUGUCCGCCAGGGCUAUCAAGGAAACGAGGGCGCGGUAGACGGCGAGGUUGUUGUCAAUCUCGCAACCCUACUCCUAGCACAUAUGCCGUCGCAGAAGCUGAACCAACAACGUCUCGAAACAUACCUGUCCGCGCUGUCCAACCCCACCUUUGAUAUCGCUGCCCACCUUGAAGCUUCUCAGCAACCAAUGCGCAACUCCUCUCAUCAGAAUGGAACGAGCACCCCCCGCGAUCUGAACAUCCGCCUCAAGCUUCUUGAGCUUUAUACUCUCCAUGUUCUACCUCAAAACGACGAAUGGGACUAUGCCCGCGACUUCAUCAGCAUGAGUGAGGUUCUGGACGACGAGCGAAGAGACGCGUUCCUCCAAGCACUUCACACAUUGAAAGAAGAGAAGGCACUUGACGGUAUCAGAGAGAAGGAGCUCCAGCGCCGUCAAGAUGAGGAGAUGCAGCAAAGACGAAUGGAAGAUGAACGACGCAGGAAAGAGGAGGCCAGAGCAGACCAGGACAGAAAACGGAGGGAAGCUGAGGAGAGGCCCCGUACGGCGGGCUCCCAGAACAGAACACCCUCCACUUCUAGCAAUCCCAGAGCUGGACAAGGCAACAGAAACACAGCUGCAUCGAAAGCGAAGCCUGCUCAGAAGAAGGCCACGCCUCCCUCACCACGCGUAUAUCGGUCGGUCUUUACAACAGUGCAGGCGGCCAUUUUGAAUGCUGGCAAAUCUGUCACGCAAAACCCAAUGGUUUUGCUCCGGUUCGUACUCUUUCUGAUGGCUUUCACUUUGGCCUUUGCGCGGCGCGAUGUCAGGGACAGAGUCAAAAGGACCUUACAGGGUGGGUUGCAUAAAGUGCAGAGAACUAUAGGGAUGGGUGUGAAGGUCUCUUACAUUUAGUAUAAUCCAUAGCAGCUAACCGAGCCAUGAUCGAACACGUUCCUGCAUUGAUGCAUGAUUACCUAGGUACCCAUAUAGUUUGUACAUUGAUGGGAUGGCUUGGCGUGGAUUUGUUUGGCGCUAGAGCAUCACGAGC